AUGUGCGCAGCUCGGAGUCGGUCGUUUUUUUUUCUCACGUUGUGGGGUAGGAUUAUUUCCAGGUCAAAAUCUCAGUUUCCUGUGCGGCUUGUUUGUACUAAAAAUGCCGGAGAUGGCGGAGCUCUGAAGGAUAUCAAUGAGAUUAAAUCCCAGUUCAGGACCAGAGAGGGCUUCUACAAGCUGCUCACCCUCUCCGACUCACAACAGCGGGGCGGUGCGCCGCGAGGUCCGUCUACCGGAGCCACGCUGGGGCCCGGGGGUGGACCGGGUUCGAUAGCCGGUGGAGGGGUAGGUCUGCUGCAGGGGCCCGGGUCUGCCUCUUCCAAUGCCGCAGCCAACUCCUCUCCGGCUGGCUUCCAUCCCCCCGUGCGGGUCUCCAUGGUCAAGCUCCAGCCAGAAGACCCGGGCGAGGAAUCCGAGCGAGUAUGCUUCAACAUCGGCAGAGAGUUAUAUUUUUAUACCUACACGAAUAUCAAAAAGGCGGUGGACCUCAGUAAACCCAUUGACAAGAGGAUCUAUAAGGGGACCCAGCCGACCUGCCAUGACUUCAACCAGUACUCCGCCACGGCCGAGAGCGUGGCCCUGAUAGUGGGCUUCUCGGCCGGCCAGGUCCAGUACCUGGACCCCAUCAAGAAGGAGACCAGUAAACUCUUCAACGAGGAGAGGUUGAUAGACAAGUCCAAGGUGACGUGUCUCAAGUGGCUGCCCAAGUCGGAGAGCCUGUUCCUGGCCUCGCACGCCAGCGGCCACCUCUACCUCUACAACGUGGACCACCCGUGCGGCACGGCCGCGCCCCAGUACUCCCUGCUGCGGCAGGGCGAGGGCUUCGCCGUCUACGCCUGCAAGACCAAGACGCCGCGCAACCCGCUGCUGCGCUGGGCCGUGGGCGAGGGCGGCCUCAACGAGUUCGCCUUCUCGCCCGACGGCGUGCACGUGGCGUGCGUGGGCCAGGACGGCUGCCUGCGCGUCUUCCACUUCGACUCCAUGGAGCUGCAGGGCGUGAUGAAGAGCUACUUCGGCGGCCUGCUGUGCGUGUCGUGGAGCCCCGACGGGAAGUACCUGGCCACGGGCGGCGAGGACGACCUGGUGACGGUGUGGUCCUUCGCCGAGAGCCGCGUGGUGGCCCGCGGCCACGGCCACAAGUCCUGGGUGAACGUGGUGGCCUUCGACCCCUUCACCACCUCCCUGGAGGAGGAGGAGCCCAUGGAGCUGAGCGGCAGCGAGGAGGACCUGCACCAGGGCGUGGCGCCUCCCGCGCCCCCUCCCGCUGCCUCUGCCGCCGCCGCUCCUCCCGCCACGGCCGCCGCCGCCGCCGCCGCCAUCCCCGCCGCCUCCUCCAUGCACUUUGGCCGCAUCCGGACCAGCAGCACGCUGUCCCGGCUGUCGCGCCACAGCUCCAAGGGGGGCUCUCCGGCGGUCUCCUACCGCUUCGGCUCGGUGGGCCAGGACACGCAGUUCUGCCUGUGGGACCUGACGGAUGACGUGCUGUACCCGCGCCUGCCGCUGUCCCGCGCCCUCACCAGCACCCUGGUGCCCUCGCUGUCCCACUCGGGCAGCACCGCCGCCGCCGCCGCCAUGGCGGGCGGGGUGGAGGGACACCACCACCCCCCCAACACCGCCGCCGGCGCCACGGUGGUCGGCGGCGUCCCGCCCACGCUGCCCCUCCCCCUGCCCCGCUCCCUGUCGCGCUCCAACUCCCUGCCCCACCCGGCCGUGGCCAACGUCGCCAAGGGCCCCGGCGGCGCCGCCGAGGGCGGGGGGAGCGGGGGGGCCGGGGGGGGCGGAGGAGGAGGAGCGGGCGGGGGCGCGGCGGGCGGGGGCGCGGCGGGCGGGGCCAACAGCACGCCGUUCAGCAUCGGCCGCUUCGCCACGCUGUCGCUGCAGGACCGCAAGUCGGAGCGGUCGGGCGGCGGCGGUGGCGGCGGCGGCGUGGAGAAGGAGCACAAGCGCUACCACAGCCUGGGCAACAUCAGCAAGAGCAACGACAAGAUCAACGUGGCGCCCCGCAGCAGCCGGCUGGACGCCGCCAGGGUGCUGGGCACCACGCUGUGCCCGCGCAUGCACGAGGUGCCGCUGCUGGAGCCGCUGGUGUGCAAGAAGAUCGCCCACGAGAGGCUGACCGUGCUGGUGUUCAUGGACGACUGCAUCAUCACCGCCUGCCAGGAGGGGCUCAUCUGCACCUGGGCGCGGCCCGGGCGGGCGAACUUGACAACACAAAACGGCAACUCUCCCAGCGGCACGGUGGUAUAGCUAUGGGGUAAACCGUCCCCUCUCUCCCUCCCUCCCUCCCUCCCUCCCUCCCUCCCUCCCUCCCUCUGCUCAUUGCGGCCACCACCCGCCACUCCCCGGUACACCACUGUCAGUGUUACCCGCCCUGGUGAUCCAGCUCAGUGCUCCUACAGAGCCUCCUUGACCCUACAGUAGGCCUCUCUCACCCCUCUCCCUCCCCGUCACGGACUCACCUGGGCCACGCUCACUCAUCUGGACCAUGCCUAUUCUCUUUUGCCCCGCCCUCUUGCCGGAGCCACCCACAGAUCUCCCCCCCCCCCCCCCCCCUCCCCCCCACCGCCUGACCCCAUUAAGCAGCGACAACAAUACACAGCGACGGGGGUCCCUGACUUCUGGAUCUCUUCCCCUCAUGGAGCCAAGAUCCACCAAGAAACAAACCGUCCAUCCUUCUCUCUCACCUUACAUUCCUUCCUUCCUUACUUUCUUUACCUCCCCCCCCCCCCCCACCCGUGCAAGAGACACUGCAAAAGCCACGGCCAAUGUAUUAAAUGUUAUUUAUUUUAUCACAAAUCUGUGUAGUAAUUUAUACUGUAAAUAAUGGAAAAUACUCUAUAAACACUAGAGGACAACCAUCGCCCGCGUGUGGAAGAUGACGCAGUCGUAGGAGGAGGAAGGAGAAACGACUGAAGAGACUGACCAAGAUUAAUAUAUAGAGAUACUUCUGUUGUACAUAGAAGCUGCGGUUAAAACUAUUGAAUGUCUGCUGUCCAAGGGGAAACUUUAACAUUCAAAUGGGUUUUGAUUUUGCGUGCUAGUCUUCACUGGCCUGCCCAAAUUGUCAUGGGGGGAUCUUACCUCGAUGCAUUCUGGCUCCAACUGUAUGAACACUGAAGACAGAGGGCAUCUUCCAAAAUGGCCGCUAGCUGUACAUUUCAGCUCACUGUCCAGUCGUACUUCAUCACUAUAUUCAUGAACGAACAACAUGUGUGGACUCGAACAAACACUCGCUCACUUUGUACAAGUAACACAUGUCCCUUGCAGUUAAAACGAUCAUGCACUGACACAUACACGAUUCCAAGAUUAUUAUUAUUUAUUUUUUUAUUCCUGUUUAUCCUGGACAAUACAUCUUUUUGCACAUAAAGAACCUUUCCGAGUUGUUGUCUUGAGCCUUGACAGUACCACUGCUGCGGUCUUCACUCAGCCCAUUACUUACUAAAAAAAUAGAUUACCGAAGUCAUGUAGGGGGACGGAUGUGUAUUUAAGUUAAUUACUAAAUGAGAGUUCAUUGAUUGGCCUUGUGAGCCGUCAAACCUUUCUCGGAAGACACAGCAUUCCCUCCUUACUGUAGACCGGUACAGGGAAGCAGCUACCAAUCCCUCUUCCUUUGCAUUUGCAUUAGUGUUUAAACUGACCACUCGUGACUGGCUGAGGCUAGUACUGGAAUUAACAAGACGUUCUGUUUUAAGGUUUUUGAGUCAUAGCUAAUAUGUUGUUCAUUUUUGGUUCAGUACAGAGCUAGCUGACGAGUCCCCCAGUACGUACAUUUUGGUUUUGGAGUAGGCUCGAUUAAAAAAACGCUUUUUACUGGAACGCAAAGUACUGGGUCAGAAUCCUCGCCAUCCCAAAAUGAGUUCUGCUGUCAUGACGACGAGAAGCUCACAUCAUCUCAUCUUAUCUAAAUUGUGACACGUCUCUUAAGCUGCAUACUGUAUGGUAAGCUCCAUGAUGUAACACACUGUGGAAUAUCCUCUGUAUGACUUAUUCAGAGACAGGCAAUGUUUUCAGAGGCCAUGACAGUUAUACCGAGCAGCAUAGGCAAUGCUUCAGCUACUGCUGCAUCUGAUGGCUAAAAUAGAUUUGUGGCCACAUAACAAACAAUAUUAUGAGGGAAACUAUCAGAUAUGAAAGAAGGUGUCGCCCCUUGUUAAUGCUGGAAACGUUAAAUAUAGGCUGUGGGUUUAAUUAUUUGUUCAUGUCGGAUGAAAAUUAUCCUUUGUUUGAGCGUUUAAAUGGUAUGGCAUUCUCUUUUAAACAGAGAAAAAUAACGGUGGUAAGGAUUGCUGAUAUUACAUGGUUAUAGGGGAACUUGCACAAAUGACACCCAAUAAUUGAAACGCAAUGGGCAAAUAAUAAUAUCAUUGAAAAUGCCAGUUAACACAUUACGUUGGAAACACUUACACUGUUACCAGCUGCACUGCUGAUACUAAGACCUUGUUUUGUAAGUGCAUUUCGGCAGUAUUUGGGACUAGUUACCCUUCGAUUUGUUCCUUUAAAUUGUUUUAUUGCUUAAUUUAUUCUAUGUCAAAUGUCAACUAAUUAUAAUUGUAUUUAUUUCCUGUCUGUGUACUAUCCAAUGAAGAUGUUUGAAAUAUAAAUGCACUCCAAACUCUCUCCUGACGAUGAUUAGGCAGAGUUAAUGCCAGCAACAUUUGAAAGUGGCAGUUAAAAGUAAAUUUGAUGAAGAGAUGUUGUCACCUGUCGUCUUAAUAUAGCUGGUUCAUGUAAAUAUGAACUAGUCAUGCACUAAAUGUAAACUUUGUAGCUUAUAAUUAUCAGAUAGUUCAUAGUUUAUUAGUUUACUGUGCUAAUUGCCUUGAAUGAACUUGAUAAUCUCUGCAAUUUUGCUCUGAACUAUAACAUUAAGAAAAUACAAUAUUGUUAACGCAUGAAUUCCUUAAUCUUCCUACACUUCAUUCCUCUUUUGUGCUGAAUCCACACUGCUACUAGGAAUGGAUAAUAAAGGUUACCUAUAGAAACACCAUAGUCCACAUUAACGUCCAGAGAGAGCACGCCCAGAACCUCUUUACCCACAAUGCCUUGUUCUGAAAUGCAGCUUUACGCAAAAGAGAAACACGCUUUUGUUAACUGAUUUGUUUUGUUUUGUUUGACAUUCCAGAUUUGACAUCACAAAGCAUGUACUUCUUUUUAUUAAUAAUUUCUAAUAAACUAUGCAUCAACCGACACACAAACACACCAAUUAUUGACAGAAACGCACACACACACCUCCCCUGCAUCUGUACUGGUUCAAAUUAACGGCUGAAUGACAUCACUGUUUGAAUAUGGAGAUCUGAUAUUAAAAACUAUAAACCUCA